AUGGAUUCAGGCUCCGAGGUUCCCCGAAAGUCUAAGCGGAGGUUUCAACCAAGAGCAUCGGCGCCUUCUCGCCGGCAGAUCGCACCGACCUCCAACAAUGAAGCUAAGGCUCAGGAAGAAGAGGAUAAAAGAGCAGCUCGACAAUUAGCCAAACGUAUCGGCAUUGGCCAGAGGAGACCCAAAACCGAAACCAAAGCUUCUUCCUCUGAAGUUGCAUUCCAACCAGACUUCUCGUCGCUUACAAUUAGAUCGUUUGGGGUUCCUAAAGAAGACGACAAGCACGGUUCUGAUGUAAAUCCCUCUUCUAGUGCCACUGCCUCUUCUAGUGCCAUUGUUCCUGCUGCUUCUGCCAGAAAAGAUGGAGAAGAGGUUCACAAUUUGGUUCCAAGAACUAAGAGAGACUACGUUGAACCUUGGGAUUAUAAAAACUCCUACUAUCCUACUGUUCUUCCUUUGAGAAAGCCUUACUCUGGUGAUCCAGAACGUCUUGACAAGGAGGAAUUUGGGGACAUUGCUAAACACCUCGAUUACGAUGAGAACAGCAUCAACUCAGCAGAAGAACUCGGCCUGACAUCGAAGCAACACUACAAAAAUCAGAUGUUUUUCUUCAAGAUUCCGGACUGUCUCCCUGUAUUGAAGAAAGGAGCAAACACCAAGAGACCAGUAUCAGAGACUAGUUCAAAGAAAGGCAAAGCUGUAGUGAAGGAGGAGGAAUCGACAGGAGCAAAGACCAAGAGAUCAGUAUUGGAGAAUAGUUUAAAGAGAAGCAACCCUUUUGAAGAUUUACCAGGGGGAUUCAUGGGCAAGAUGCUAGUUUACAAGAGCGGCGCUGUCAAGAUGAAAUUUGGUGAUCUCCUCUAUGAUGUCUCGCCAGGUCCGAAUGCGCAAUUUCUUAAUGAUGUGGCAGCGAUCGACACAGAAGGGAGGCACUGCGGUCACGUUGGUUCUUCAGCCAACUUUGUGACUGUUACUCCUGAUGUUGAGUCUCUUUUGAAGUCUGCUUCAGGCAUGGAAAUACACAAGUGA